CUUCAAGAAAGGAGUCUGAAAAGCGUCACUGUACUUUCAGUUUGGCAAAGCUGGUUGCAGCCUCCCUUAGUUCAGAUAUGGAUGAUGCUUGCUAUAAAUUGUGUGAGAAACUGGUCCCCAAAAACUACAUUCAGCAAGGACAGAAUGCUAAGUCGAUUCAUCAAAGCAAAAUUAAGCAUUUGCUAGAACAGAGGAGAAUUCCAGAAGAGGGCUGGGAUGACCAGACCAUUGAGUUAUUCCUCGGUGAGCUUGCCAUCAUGGACAGUAACAACUUUCCAGACAAUUGUGGUGUUGGUGAGAGGGAGGCUAGGAUUUACUCCUCAUUGGUCAGCAAGCGGCACUUCCGCCUGGGUCAUGGAAUUGGCAGAUCAGGAGAGAUAACUGCUGUUCAACCCAAAGCAGCUGGCUCUAGUUUGAUUAUGACCCUUACAAACAGCUUGGCUCUUCAUGCCAUCAAAUUGUCAGGCAUUCAAGCAAGCAGCUGUUUUGUAGUUCCCAUGGCAACAGGAAUGAGUAUAGCAUUAAGUCUACUUUCACUUAGACAAAAAAGACCGAAUGCAAAAUAUGUUCUGUGGCCUCGAAUUGACCAGAAGUCAUGCAUUAAAUCCAUUGUCACUUCAGGGUUUGAACUGGUGGUCAUUGAGAAUGUGAGAGAGGGGGAAGAGCUGAGAACAAACCUAGAGGAAAUCCAGAAGAAGGUCCAGGAGCUGGGGGCUGGGAAUAUCCUCUGUAUCUUGACCACCACUAGCUGCUUCGCUCCCAGAGUUCCUGAUAAAUUAGAAGAGAUUGGGGAAAUUUGCAAAUCACAGGACAUUCCACAUGUAGUGAACAAUGCUUAUGGUUUACAAUGUUCAAAAUGCACCCAUCUAAUCCAACAGGCAUCACGAUCCAGACUGGAUGUGUUUGUACAAAGCACAGACAAGAACUUCAUGGUACCUGUCGGUGGAUCAAUCAUAGCUGGAUUUGAUGACAACCUUAUUCGACACAUCAGCAAAUGCUAUCCUGGUAGGGCUUCCUCCUCACCCUCCACAGACCUUCUGAUCACCCUCCUCAGUAUGGGGGUCAAAGGUUACAAAGAUCUCCUGAAGGAGAGGAAAUCCAACUACAAAGCAUUACAGGAAAAACUGAGUGAGUGUGCCAAAAAGCAUGGGGAACAUUUACUGUCUACACCCCACAAUGGCAUUUCAAUGGGCAUGAGUUUACAAACAUUCCAGUGCAACACAGAGGAGGCUGUCACAGACUUGGGCUCCAAAUUGUUCACACGACUUGUUUCAGGAACAAGGGUAAUUCCUACCGACGGAAAGAAAAGUGAAAUCUGUGGGCGGACGUUUACAAGUUUUGGGGCCCACUGUGAUGAUUACGGUAGUCCGUAUCUCACUGCAGCGGCGGCCAUUGGAAUGACGUCACAGGAUAUAGACUUGUUUAUCACCAGACUGGACAAAGUUCUGACAAAAAGUGCCAUAACCAAAGACUCAAAUCAAGUAGAUUCUUGAAAGUUGUUAUUUAUAACCAAUUAACCAAUGUCUGUCCUAAGAUUUAGUUAAUGAAAAGCUUAAAAUAAUA